CGCCGUGCCCUCCAACUUGCCCCGCCGCAGCAUGCCCUCUGCGCCGCCCGCCGAGGAGGCGCAGCCGGUGCGCGGCAUGCAGCGCCUCGCCCUCGCCGCCUCGCCCGAUGCGGGCACCGCCGCGCCGCAGCCGCAGUGGACAUCCCGGCCCGCCGGCGCCCACAGCCCCGCGCACGCCGGCAGCGGCGCCGACGCCGUGCCGUCGCGCAUCAGCGUCUCGCUCUUCGGCGCCUCGCUCUCCUGCGGAUCCAGCGCAGCAGGCCCGGCGUCGCCGCUGCCCGCCAGCGGCACGUCGCCCAGCGGCAUCGCACGCGCCUUCUCGGUGCAGCAGGCGCAGCAGCAGCUGACCCAGCAGCACGCCCAGGCAGGCGCUGCCGCCGCGCCGCAGCAGCCGGCGACGACGCACACCAUCUCGCACAACGACACCAGCGUGCUCUCGCUCGCCGUCGACGAGGCCAGCGGCCUCGUCUUCAGCGGCAGCCAGUGCGAGGACAUCUUCGUGUGGGAUCUCAACACGUACCAGGAGCGCACGCGCCUCAUCGGUCACACCGCCAGCGUGCUGGCGCUUGAGCUGUGCGCCGAGAAGGGCUGGCUCUUCAGUGCCAGUGGCGACAGCACGGUGCGCAUCUGGGACGUGCACACGCUCUCGCCGCUGUUUGUGAUCUACCCUGCCGACGAGCGCGUGGGCGACAUCUUCGCACUCAAGUGGUGUGCGGCGCUGCAGACGCUCUACUUUGGCUGUCAGAACACGAGCCUGCAAUGGAUCUCGCUCGCCUCGCUACAGGCUGCGACAGAGCGCAGCGGCACGGCGUCGGUGCCCAUCGUGCGUCCACACAAGUUCUUCGACUCCGGCCCGCACGGCGGCGGCGGCAGCCAGACGCGGCUGUCUGCGAGUGCCAGCAGUACGCGCGCUGGCACACCCGUCGCAGCGCUGCACACGCCGCCGCUCGGCCUCGCCUCGUCGCCGGCACCUGCUGUGCCGCGCCGCGGCUUCUUCGAGCGCGCCAGCACGAGUCCAGACGUCUCGUAUCGCCAUGCUGCAGGCUCGCCGCUGGGCUCGGCGGCGUCCAGUCCGGGAUCCUCCGGCGUGCCGCUCCUAGACACGAGCAACGUUCGUGCCAUCCAGCUGCCGACGCGCAACAUGCUGCCCAACGCGCAUCACGGCUAUGUCUACGCGCUCGAGCUCUUGCCGCCGGCGCCGGGCGGCAAGCCACUCCUCGUGUCAGGCUCGGGCGACGAGGACAUCAAGCUGUGGAUCUGCACGCCUGACGGACUCAUCGAGCACGGCACGCUGCACCACAGUCCCAAUGGCGUGCUGGCCCUCGCAGCGUGGGAUCGCAACACGCUCUUUGCGGGCCUGCAGGGCGGCGAGGUGGAGGUCUGGGAUGUGGAGACUGCGCGCGUAGUGCGUUCGCUGCCGGCGCACAGCGAUGACGUUCUGGCGCUUCUUGCCGUCUCGAUGCCGGGCCAGACCAAGUGUCUGUUCAGCGCGUCUGCAGACGGGAGCGUCAGGAAGUGGGAUGCAAGCUUCAAGUGCGUCACCGAGUGGAGGGCGCAUCAGGAUGCCAUCGUGCUGUCACUCGCCAGUCUCAAGAGCACGGGCAUCAGCGCCACACUGCUCACCGGCGCAUCGGACAAUCUCAUCAAGAUCUGGGACGUGCCCGUCUCUCCGCUGCCCUCCGGCAAUGGCUCAGAAGGCGCCCUUGCGCCGGCAACGGCGUUCGCAGGCGGCGAUCCUCUGCUCUCCGCGCUGGCGCAGUUUGUCUCGUUCCGCUCCGUCUCGGCGCAGGAGACCCUGCGCGAGGACUGUCGCCAGUGCGCACACUGGCUCAAGGCGCAUCUCUCCGACUUGGGCGCCGAGACGUCUCUGCUGGCAGGCGCAGAAGGGCGCAAUCCCCUCGUGCUGGCCACCUUCCGCGCGUGCGGCUCAAGCCUGAAGCCGCGGCGCCGUGUCGUGGCCUACGCGCACUACGACGUCGUUGCGCCGGGUGCGACGGAGCGCUGGACGUCCGAUCCCUGGACACUCGCCGGACGGGAUGGCUACCUCUUCGCGCGCGGCGUCAGCGACAAUAAGGGCCCGUGCUUGGCGAUUGCGCAUGCGACGGCAGAGCUGAUGAAGGAGGGCAAGCUCGAGACGGACGUUGUCUUGCUGGUGGAGGGCGAGGAGGAGGCCGGAGGAAGCGGCUUCUUGGAUGCCGUGAGACGCGCCAGGGAUCAGAUUGGAGACGUGGACGUGGUGCUGCUGAGCAACUCGUACUGGCUGGGCGAAGACACGCCGUGCCUCACAGUGGGCCUCAGAGGCGUCGUCCAGGCGGAGAUCGAGGUUCGCAGCGGGGCACUGGACAUGCACUCGGGCGUGGACGGCGGCGCGAUGCGGGAGCCAAUGAUCGACAUGGUCAAGCUGCUGUCCUCACUGUCGUCAGGCGAGCAAGUGCUCAUCCCUACAUUCUACGACUCGGUCCGGCCAGUCUCGGCGUCCGAGCGCGCCUCGUACGCCGCGCUGGCUGCCAUGCGCUCCUCGCGCGGCGGCGCCGGCGUCUCCGUCGAGGCGCUCAUGGCGCGCUGGCGGCAUCCGUCGCUGAGCGUGCAUCGCGUCAACGUCUCGAGCGGCUCGGGCGGCGGCAACGCCAGCGUCAUUCCCGCGCGGGUCACGGCAGCCGUGUCGCUGCGCCUCGUGCCCGACCAAGACCUGCGCAGCAUCACCGAAGCGCUGAUCAAGGCGCUCAAGGAGACGUUUGCGGCGAUGCAGAGCCCAAACUCGUUGCAGGUGGUGCUGAGACACCAGGCUGACUGGUGGCUCGGCAUCGAGAGCGCCUAUGCCUCUGCCUUGGCCAAGGCCGUCGAGGCGGAGUGGGGCAUCCCUCCAGUGUCCAUCCGAGAAGGCGGUUCCAUUCCGGCUCUGGCCAUCCUCGAGAAAGAGCUCGGCGCUCCCGCCGUGCACCUGCCGAUGGGCCAGGCGUCGGACUGCGCGCAUCUCGCAGACGAGCGCCUGCGCCUCGUGAACCUGCGCAAGGGCAAGCAGGUCAUCCGCCGCUGGCUGUGCAGCGAGUCGCUCAGCGCUGCUGCCGCGGCUCGCGCGGCGUAGGGCACAGCGAAGCUUCGCUGCGCCGGCAAACGCUCCCCAUAUAGACGCUCGUCCGCGAGCAUGCAUCAUCUGUCAUCAUCAUCUGCGGCCGCUCCUCAAUGCUCUGCACAUCAUACCACCACCCCCUAAUGCAUCGUCUACAUCGUCAGGCCAACGUGCGCAGCCAUCCGCGCUUCACGAGCGGCUCGCGUGAACGGGCCGAUCGCGGCGUGGCCAUCCUCAGCCCUGCUCCCAACGCCCGCCCCAGGUGUGGCGGCGACGAGGC